GAUUUUGUUUUCUUUCAGAUUUGGUAACGUCAAGUUUGUGACUACUUCUAAAAUGUAUAAAUGAAAAGUGAGUUGUGGUUCAUAAGUUGUGCAUCGAUAAUAAAAAGAGACAAAUAAAUCAGAAAUCGUAUAAAUAUUUGUUUGAAAAUAUAUUGGUGAAGAGAGCAAGUGAGAUUAAAGGACAAUGGAGGCGAUAGCUAAACAUGAUUUUAAUGCUACUGCUGAUGACGAAUUAAGCUUCAGGAAACAUAACAUCUUGAAGGUUCUGAACAAGGAGGAUGAUAUGAACUGGUUUAGGGCAGAGCUAGAUGGUAGAGAGGGGCUCAUACCUAGCAAUUAUAUAGAAAUGAAACCGCACAGUUGGUACUACGGACGCAUUACAAGAGCAGGAGCAGAGAAACUUCUUAUGAAUAAACACGAAGGAGCAUUCGUAGUUAGGGUCAGUGAGUCUUCACCAGGCGACUUUUCUCUCAGUGUGAAGUGUGGGGACGGUGUUCAACACUUUAAAGUACUGCGGGACGCACAGGGGAAGUUUUUCCUCUGGGUUGUCAAGUUUAACAGUUUAAACGAACUCGUUGAGUACCAUCAUUCCGCUAGUGUUUCAAGAUCUCAGGACAUUAAACUGAAGGAGAUGGUUCCAGAAGAGUUUUUGGUUCAGGCGCUGUACGACUUCACCCCUCAGGAGCACGGGGAGUUGGAGUUCAGACGAGGUGACGUCAUCACCGUGACCGACAAGUCGGACCAGCACUGGUGGACCGGCGAGCUAGGAAACCGGCGCGGACUCUUUCCAGCUACAUACGUCACACCAUACCAUACGUCCUAAAUAUCAUUGUACAAUUGUGCGCUCAGAUCAGCCAUUUAUGUAGAACUGUAUGCGGUGUACAGUUGAACUUGUGAGGCCAUAUAUGUAUUACAGUACACUUCUGUUGUACAUAUUACCCGUACAAAAUACACAUGAAUACGGACUAAUCGCCUGUAAACUUACUGAAAUUACAUUCCACGUUCGUGUAGUGUAAACUGUACAGUGUACAGUAUAGCGAUAGUUAGUGUUAGUGUAUGCUGUACAGCAUUAGUAUUUGCUAGGGUAGUUUGGUACUGUACAGCACAUUAGUAUUGUAAGGAGUUUUUUUUUACUAUUCUUAAUACUGAACAGGUGCAUGGUAUACGCAAAACAUUUGUAUGGUUUUCGUUGUCAUAGAACAGCAUAAAUUAGAUUAAAUAUUCAACUUACUCGUAACUGUACAGUACAUUUACAAUAAUAUAUGGCAUACACUAGUUGCAUGUACGAUCUGUUGCGUUGUUGAACAUUUUCUGGGUUUUUUAAAACCUCGAAAUCUUUUUGUUUUAUUUUUUACUGAGUGUAAUAACGACUAUUUUAUGUUCUUUUCCUAGGCACAGUGUAUCUGGGCAGUACUUAAAUAUACAGUUUAGUACUCGCGCACUGUACACCAAACGGUACUGUACAAUGUAAAUGUACAGUACCCACAAUUAUCCCAGCUAAUAUCUUCUAUUGUUGAUGUAAAGAUUGUACAAUCUUGCAGCAGAUUCGUUAUUAAAAAUUUAUUUUCAUCGGAUGUCAACGUAUAUUUUAUUGGCCUUUCAUUAAAGAAUGCCAUCAUCGAUUCACUAAAGUAUCUAAAAUGUGCAUUUGAGAAAUUGAGAAAAUCUCUAUCUUGAUUGAUCAAGUAUCACGAAUUUUUAGUUAGAAAAAAAGAAAGGUUGUUUUUUAGGUUAUUGUUGUGAAUCAUAGAUGGCACUCUUCAAAUGAUACGCGUCAUAGAUGACGGGAUCAGUCCCUUAAUGGUUGAUUUACGUAAAUAUGGGCAGCAUUUGAAGGGGUCUAAUUAUCGUUUACAUAAUUAAUUAAUUAAAACAUUAAUUACUUUUUAUAAUUAUUCGGGAAUGCUCAUAAUUUGCAUUUUUACGUAGAAAAUGUGCGUUCAUAAAUGUUAAAUGUUCUUAUUAUUGUGUAGAGUAUAUCAUAUAUCCAGUGCUUUUUAUUAUGUAUAAGCAUCUUGAUGAAAAUCAUAAGUUUUUUGCUCUAAAAUGAAUUUUUUUCUUUUACCAUGGGUUACUUUGCAGAAACAUAGAAAUAACACAAUAGAACGAAUAUAUGAUUGAGAAAUGCGUGUUUCUCUUUCACAAUUAAAAGAAAGCUUUGUUGUUUUUUGUUUUUAUUUAAUUUUAACUAAUUUCAAUUGUUUAUUUAUCCUUAAACCCCAACCUAUCAUUCACAAUGCAAAGAAUACCGAGCUACGGAAAAAUUCGAAAUUAUUUUUUGCUUUUUGUUGGAAAAGUUUUUGUUACGUUCCUUACUAUACUUUGUAUGGUACACUAUAAAGUGAUACUGUACAAUUCAUUCAAUUUUUACAAUUUGUAAUGAAAAAUUCUACUUAUUGCACACAUACUUAUAUGUACAUGCCGUACACGUUUCUUUUCUUCUUGUACAUACACACACCCUGUGUUAUUAAGGAAAAUACACGAAGUGAAAUAGUUUGCAGAUUAUUGCUAUACUCAUUCAUAUCUCUGUAAGCCUCAUGUACUCAAUAUAUAUAUAAUGUACAUACUGUACAUAAUGUUUAAUUUUUUCCGGAUAAGGUCUUCCAGAAAAUUGUGAAGUCCUGUUACUCCCGUAUUUUACUAAUUAUAUUUAUAUAAAUUCGCCUCUUUCUGCUAUUUUUACAGUUCAAUUGUAUUUUUAUAUAGUAAUUUAGUCUCCCACCUUCGAGCCCCAGCUUUUAUUACAAAUUUAUGAAUUUGAAAUAUAGAUUUAAAUUGUUACAAAUCAAAAUGAAUUGACUAAUAUCUCCAGA